AUGCCUCCCUCCACAUACCUUGCCACCGCGCUCAAAGAGCUAACGCUUGAGAAUGCGAGAGUUUCACUGCCCGAGGAGUUCGGGCAGCUGACUGCCUUGGAGAAUCUAUGUCUGGUUAAGCUAUCACAGCUCGGCAGCCUGCCCGCAUCGCUUGGCAACCUGACGAGCCUCAAGGAGCUGAAAAUUGAGGACUGCAGCCUGCUGGCGCAGCUUCCCGACUCUAUCACAACCAGCUUACGAGGCCCUCUACCUGGCAACCUGACAAGCCUCAAGGAGCUCUCUCUCUACUUCUUACCACACCUGCCCGCCCUGCCUGCCUCCCUCCCUUCCAUCGACCACACUCUCACCAGCCUCUGGGUGUCCAAGUGCAAGCGAAUCAAGACACUGACAGAGCAGAUCGGACGGCUGGGAUCGCUUAAGAAGCUAGGACUAUCAGAACUACCCAAGCUGAAGUCGCUUCCUCGCUCGCUGCUUCAGCUGCAGCGGUUGGAGUUUCUGCAAGUCAGUAACUGCAGCACGCUGGAUUCUGUGUUUGGAGAUGAACACCCGGGAGCCGCCGGGCAUGACCUUGGGGAGGGAAGCGCUUGCCUCAACUUGGGUGGCGGAUCCGAGGAAGGUGACAAGUGUGUGCUAUUUCCUUUACUUCAGGGCCUCACGUUUGAUGCCCUUCCGCUCCAGCUGCUCACUCCAUCCGUGGGCUCCUUCUCACUGCAGCUGUGCUUUCUGGAAAACAUCGGAGUCUCGUGCUUUCCAGACGACUUCUGGAAGCUCUCUUCUCUUUCGGCCCUCACUCUUACAAAAGCGCCCAAUCUUUGCAGCCUGCCCAGAAAUUCCUCACAGCUAGCCAAACUGGAGGAUUUGGACCUGGAGAGUUGCAAGCGGCUGGCUCACUUACCCACGGGCCUGCGGCAGAUGGCGAAGCUGCUGGCAUGCGUCAUCUUUGACUGCCCUCUUCUCUCUGCACGGCAGAAGGUGGUGAUUUGCGAGCAAGAGGAUGGGGGGGGGACGGAUAUGGAGGGGGAGGCCGAGGGGAACAAAGGGGAGGAAGAAAGGAGUGAAGGGGAGGGGAGCGAAAGGGAGGAAAGAGAUGUGAGCGAAUGGGAGGAGAGUGAAGGGGAGGAAGGAGAGGUGAGGGAAGGGGAGGGGACAGCCAACUUCACCGGCUUUGCUGCCGAAGCCCCAGGCGGUGCUGAGCUGGCAUUUGUCGAUGCCACGCUGUCAGGCGCGCCCGCUGAGCUGGCAUUCGACCCGGAUUUUAUAGCAAAACCUGGCGCGUUCCUGGGCAAACCGGAGGCGGCGGAUGGGCAGGAGAUUAAAGACGGGAGCGCGGUUCGGGGGAUAGUGACGGGCGCCAUAGUAGGCAGCUUCGAGGAUGUGCGGUUCAAAUCGGAAGAAAAGGAGAAGGAGAAGGCGAAGGCGGAGAGGGGUGUGAAGGAGUUGCAAGUGGUGGGGCUGGGUGACGCGGAGUCCCUCCAGAGGGACGUGUUCGAGGCGGAGAGGCUGGCGGCGGGAAUUAUCCUCACCAAGCAGCUCGUCAACGCGCCGCCCAAUGUGCUCACGCCAGCUGUCCUUGCUGACGUGGCGGUGAAUCUGACUGCCGCCCACGCGGACGUGCUGAAUGCGCGCAUUUUGGAAAAGGACGAGUGUGCCGCCCUGGGCAUGGGGUCGUACCUGGCAGUGGCGGAGGCAUCAGCGGCGGACAACCCGCCCAAGUUCAUCCACGUCACGUACACGCCGCCUGCUGCUGCGGAUGCUGGUCAAACUUCCGCCAAAUCGCCUGUGCAUGCAUCCCUCUUCCUGCGUUGCCUGUCACCCAUGCCCCUUAUCGUUCCCUCCACCGUCCCUCACCUUCCCCUCCUCACCUUCCCCUCCUCACCUUCCCCUAUUGCACCUAUCAACUCAUCCGGUGGCCAUGAGAGGCGCCAGGCAGCAAAGGGCUCCACGAUUCAUCUCAUCGAGUUCUUCUUUGUGCCCACCCUUCCCCACCGAUUCCCACCCAUCGCACCCACCAGUGGUGGGUACAACCUCAAGGCGGGCCCGGGCUCAACGAUUCACCUCAUGAAGUUUGACAUGGGCGGCGCUGCUGCUGUGCUGGGCGCUGCCAAUGCCAUCGCUGCCAUCCAGCCUCAGGGCGUGCAGGUGCAUUUCAUCAUAGCAGCGUGUGAGAACAUGGUCAGUGGGGGCGGCAUGAAGCUGGGCGACAUCAUCACUGCUUCCAAUGGCAAAACCAUUGAGGUGAACAACACGGACGCGGAGGGGCGGCUGACACUGGCGGAUGCGCUGCUGUACGCGCAGCAGCAGGGCGUGGAGAAGAUCGUUGAUGUCGCCACCCUCACUGGCGCCUGCAUCAUUGCCCUCGGGAAUGACAUCGCUGGUACGCCCCUCCUGUGCAUCUCUGGUACGUGCUUCCCAAACAUUGCUGAGGAGGCGUACUGGGAGGGCAUGCGCAGCAAGCAUGCCGACAUGCUCAACACCGGCGGCCGCGAGGGCGGCUCCAUCACUGCAGCGCUCUUCCUCAAGCAGUUUGUGGCGGAGGGGUUGCCAUGGGCGCAUUUGGACAUUGCAGGGCCGGUGUGGAGUGAGAAGAAGGGCGGAGGCACUGGCUUCGGUGCCAGCCUGCUCUACCACUGGGUCGCCUCCCACUCCCCCUAA